GGCAGCCCCCCGUUGCCGCCGCCCAGCCUGCUGGAUGGCUUCCCCGACCCGAGUCGCGUGGAGACAAGGAAGAAGGAGUACCUCAAAGCGCUGCAGGAGCAGGUUCGGCAGCGUGUGGAGACACUCACGCAGAAGCACCAGGCGAACCUAGAGUACUUGCGCGCCAAGAACGACCAGUGCAAGAGGCAAGCCCAGGCCACCAUAGACCAGGAGCUUGUAAAGCAGGAGAUGGAAAUUGACCGGCGUCAUGAUGAGCAGCUGUUAGCCUUGCAGCAGGCAGCGAUGCGCCGGAAAUUCAACAUCACCAAAGAGGCUGGAGAACUUACAUUGCAGUACCAGACCAAGGAGACACAGGAAAGGAUGCAAAUGCUGGAUUAUGAGCUACAUCGCAAGUACUUCGAUGCUCAAAGUGGAGGACUGGACUGGACGCAGCAGCAGAUCGCUGCAGUGUCCCCCGGAGCUCUGGGAGCCUUGCCUGCGCCGCCUGACGCGAGAGCGUCGAGUGCCGCGAGCGCUGCGAGCGCCGCGGGCACGCUCUUCGUGGCAGUCCAGGCUGCCUACAAUCUCACCAACAAGGACACCGGGCUGCUGGGCGACGUCUCAGAUCCCUACGUGAUGCUGCGAUUGGGAACUCAGGAAUUGAGCACUCCAGUCAUCAACAAUAACCUGAAUCCUGUCUGGGAGGCAGACAACAGGUUCACCUUGGCGGUGACAAAGGAGGACAAGCUUUUGGAGCUGGAAGUGAAGAACUCGAACGUGCUUCGAGAUGACAGCCUAGGCAGAACGACCCUGGACUUCCGAUCCCUUGCACCCGGCGCCUGGCACACGCGCCGAGAGCUCCUACAAGAUGGAGACUUGGGCGAGCUCGAGUAUGCCGUACACUUCAAGCCAAAGCCUUGA